UCGAAGACAUCAAUUGAUAACUCUGUAUGUAAAGUGAAAGUUCAUCGAAUUUGGUAAACAGGACAGGAAAAUUGUUUUAAUCUUCAUUUUCCCGUCAUGAUUAAGUUAUUUUCACUCAAACAACAAAAGAAGGACGGUACAGAUCCCUCUGAUAGAUCUGGAAGUCAUAAAAAGUCAUCAGCUGCCCAACUUAGAAUACAAAAAGAUAUAAAUGAAUUGAAUUUACCCAAAACAUGUCAAGUAGAUUUCCCAGACCCUGAUGAUCUUCUAAAUUUCAAGCUUGUGAUAAGCCCAGAUGAGGGGUUCUAUAGAGGCGGAAGAUUUGUUUUUAACUUCAAAGUUGGUCAAGGGUAUCCACAUGAUGCUCCGAAGGUGAAAUGUGAGACAAUGGUGUACCAUCCCAACAUAGAUUUGGAAGGAAAUGUUUGCCUCAAUAUUUUAAGAGAAGACUGGAAACCGGUUUUGACAGUAAAUUCAAUAGUGUACGGAUUGCAGUAUUUAUUUCUGGAGCCAAAUCCAGAGGAUCCAUUGAAUAAAGAGGCAGCAGAGGUUCUUCAAAACAAUAGACGAUUAUUUGAACAAAAUGUUGCAAAAUCUAUGCGCGGGGGCUAUAUAGGAUCUGUUUACUUUGACCGAUGUUUAAAAUGAAACAUUUAGAUUUUUUGCACACUGAUUGAUCUUUUUUUUCUGAAUAGUUUUGAGUGAAAGAGUCCUGAAAGAAGUGCUUGACAGUUUAAGGUACACAAGUGCAAACGUAAUGAUAAUUCAGGUGUCUGUAAACAGUGCUUGAUAGCAACAACGUAUUGUCAUUGUUUAAUAUUUUUGAAUUGGUGUUUAAAAGCCCCAUAUCUCUUGUGUUUGAUGUACAGUUCUAUUAUUUAAUGCUUACUUUGUGUUUAAAAUAUGCCAGUGCUAGAUUGAUGUCAUGUCAUUAGUGAUGAUGUCAUAUUACAGCUGAUGAUGUCAUUUCACUAGUGAUGAUGUCAUAUUUGUAUUACAGCUGAUGUUGUCAUGUCACUAGUGAUGAUGUCAAACUCAUAUUACAGUUGAUGAUGUCAUAUAACAGUUGAUGAUGUCAUGACACUAGUGAUGAUGUCAUACUCGUAUUACAGCUGAUGAUGUAAUGUCACUAGUGAUGAUGUCAUAUUACAGCCUAUGAUGUCAAGUCAAUUUCAGGAUUUUAUUUUCAUCUAUAAAAUAAAAUGUUAAUAAUUUAAUCAUUUUUUGAGUUAACUUGAAAGAACUUAGUAUGAUAUUUUAUUUAAAGCUAAAAUGAAAUCAAGUUUAUAUUAGAUCUCUAUUUCUUAAAUAUUUUGGACAAAUGUAUUAAUACAACUUUUAAGUUAUAUGGCAAUUCCUAUCUUUUAUAAUUUUAUGUCAGUUGUGUUGUCAUGGCAUUAGUGAUGAUGUCAUUUUGUUUGAAUUUUCAAUUCUUCUUCUUGUUCAGACACCUGUUAUAAAGUAGGUGUUUAAAUAUAAAAUGUUGAUUACGUUGUCAAUUACAUGUCAAUUUGAAAGACCUUAUAUCUAGUGUUAAUUAAAUAAAUUUGGGGUCUUUUUUAUGUCAGUUACAUGUCAAGUUGGAGGACUCUAUAUUGUUACAGCUUAGAUUGAAUUUAAUAAUUUUGUGGUAUUUAUGUCAGUUACAUGUCAAUUAAAUAAUUUUUUGAAGGACUCUAUAUUGUAACAACCUAGAUUUGGGGAUCUUGAGUAUAUUUGUUGUUUUAAAUUUAUUGUGUCUUGUUUCGGAUAACAUCUGUAAGUUUUGCAUUUGGAUAAGAGCAUAGCUUGUCUCCUAGAGGAGCAUUGUUGUGCAUAUUGAGAGUGUUUUGUAUUAUUUAUAAGUCAGGAAAAUGAGAAUAGAUAUAUUCUACACCUUGAUAAUUAUUAAUUAGUUUAGACAAAACAAGGAAAUAAAGUUCAUGUAGCAAUAUUUGUAAAUUUAAUGGACUAUUAAUGAAAACAGUUGUUUUUUUUUUCUCACAAUUUUCUUCAUGCAAUUUAAUCAUUUUCAGGACAGGGUUGUCUGUAAACCAAAGGUGGCCUUUUAUCAGGACUACUGCUAUGAAAUAAUUAAAGCAUACCUUUUUUUCGUGUUGGAAAAUUUUGACUUACCGUACAUAACAAUUUUGUAAUUUUUUUCUUUUUUCGAAUUACUGAUUGAAAACUCAAUUAUUUAGAUUGUUAAUAAGUAUAACAUUGAUACCUGUACUGAAAUAAACAUAUUAUAUAAAUAUCUUG